CACUUUGCCCAGACUGGGGGCAGCAGGAGAGAGGUGGGGCCAGACAGGAAAAGGGGAGCCCCUGUGUCUGUCAGAAUCUAGCAUUCCCUAGUGCUGAGGGGCCUCCGAAGGGUCUGGAAAGGUUUUGGGCCUCAGCCUUUAAAGAAACAAGGGACUUCCUCAUCGAGGGGGCUUUGAGAGAGAGUUGACAGCUGUGGUUAAAUGCCUAAACUGUCCUGUAAGGUGGGUGCCUGAGACUUAUUGCUGUCCGACAUCUAUUAAGUGUUCACCUUGUGCCUCCUGAAAGGUGGAAGGAUCCAGAGUCUGCCCAGAAACUUCCAGGAGCUGAGCUAGAAGACUCUCUGGGACUACAACACGGCCUGCAGGGGCCCUUCACCGCUGCUGGGCUGCUGGGGCCAGGGUCCCUUACCCAGGAGACGCUCCCCAGUGUGCCUGUGCCCCAACCCCCAACUGACCAGGGUGAACUCACCAUGUGCUCUGAGACGGGCUCCAGGUACACAGGCAUGCUGCUCUUGGCUUUGGCCACUGCAGCCAUCGUCGCCAACCUCCUACUCUACUUUCCCAAUGGGCAGGUACUGGAGCCUGCCAACAUCACGGACUUCGUCUGGUUUUUCCACGGCUUUCUUGGAGCUGGACUCUUGGUUUUGGUGCCAGCACUAAUGCUGUUGAGAGGAGGUGGAGAAGACUGCUGUGCUCACAGAUGUGGGAUGCUGUUCCCUGUGCUUCUGGCCAUACAGGGCACGGUGGGGGCUGUGUACUGUGUGGUCAUUUCUUCACUAGGUUUGCUCAGCGGCCCUUUCUGUGACACAGGCAGUGGAAACUACACCUACCCUUUCAGGAAUGGCAGCCUGGAGGACAACUACUUAUUCAACCAGCCCACCUGGACCACCUGCCAAGAGCCUGAGCAUAUUGUCCUCUGGAACGUGGUCUUGUUCUCCAUCCUCCUGGGGAUCGGCAUGGUGGAAGCAAUGCUUUGCCUUAGUCAAGUCAUCAGUGGACUCUGUGACAUCUACUGUGGUACCUGCAUCCGAAAAGGACAGGUGAAUAUAACUGGUUUAUGACCAGCCUAAGAAAUCACAACUGAUUGACAGACAAAGGAGAGUUCCCCAGGUUCAGAAGGACUGGAUUUGGUGAAUGUCAAUCUCCAGAGUCCUGAGAAGCUGAGAAAAAAAGCCCCAAACUUUCUUAGCAGUGUAGAUUUUUAUAAAAGGACAACAGUUUUGAACAUUUCAUCUUCUUUGGUAGAAUCAAGAAUGUCGUUUCCCCCAAAUGAUCUUUAAGAGUGAUAUAAGGAGUCGUAGGGAUGUACGAUAAUAGAAAAAAUAAUAAUAAUAGCACAAUAAUAGAUGUUUAAAUGUAUUCAGUUACAGUUUAAAUGUAUUCCAGUCUGGGGCUAAGCACUUUAUAUUGUUUCAGUUAAUCCUAUAAAGCUGGUGGCAUUAUCACACCAUCUUGCAGAUGAGGAAACUCAGGCUCAGAAAGGUUUUGUUACUUAUCUGAAGUCAAUGAAUAUAAGUUUUGAAUUUGAGCCUGAUUCCAACAUUUAUAUUCUAGACCACUGUCCAGUGGAUCUCAGAGUUUGUUGCUUAGAUACUAGUUCCAUGGAUUGUAAAAGGUGCUAUUUACAAAAAGGGGGUGGAAGGGACUCUGUGGUCAAAUUAAUUUGAGAUACACUAGAUUAAACAAAGUUUAAUAGCUUUCUCUACUGCGGGACUUGUCAGAACCUCAGUGCUAAUCUCCAGUAAGAGAAGAGCAAAUGCAUAAUUCCCUAGUAUAAUUCCCUAGUCUUAUUUCACCACAAAACCCUUUUCUUUUGGAACAACUUUUAUGGAGUUAAUAUUCCGUGGAGCACACUUUGAGAAAUACUGCAUGACACAGUGAUGAGGUAGAACCUACCUGGCUUACCCCAUGAGAAUCCAAGAGACUUUUUUAAAUCACCGGAAAAGCAGAAAAAUAUGGGAUGAAACAAGCUAAGGACUACUCACCUAUAUUUAAAAAAAAAACGUUUUGCUGUAAUAGCUGGAAUCAGAAGUUUUCUUUGCUUUCAGGCUUCUUUACUGUCAUUGCAACAAAUACUUCUGAGAACUCAAUCUACCACACAAGCUGUGGCAAUUCCCAAAGAGGCAGCAGAUAGGGUCUCUGGUUCAGGAAGCUUGCAAACUAAUGGAUCCUGCAUAGCUGAUUGCUUCCAUAGAUGGUACCCAGGGACCUUGCUAGCUCAUAUGGCUCCUUUGUACAAAUCAGGAAAGAAAGCAGAGGAUACAGCUUGGCAAGCAGACAGAGCCAACGGCCAAAUUUAAAAAGGUGCCUUCGCCUCCAGGUUGACGUAGCCUAUGCUGGGUUAAAUAAUAUCCCCGCGCCCAAAAUUCAUAUUCAACAGGAACUUCAGAAUGUGACCUUAUUUGGAAAUAGGGUCUUUGGAAAUGUAGCUAGUUAAGAUGACGUCAUACUGGAUUAGGGGGACUCUAAAUCCAAUAUGACCAGUGGCCUCAUAAGGAGAGAAGACCCUCAUGCACAAAGAAGAAAGCCAUGUGACGAUGAAGGCAGAGAUUGACAUUCUGGGGUCACAAACCAAGGAAUGCCAAAGAUUGUGGCAACCGCCAGAAGCUAGGAGAGAGCCAUGGAACAGAGUCUCCCUGUCAGCCUCCAGAACCCAGCCAACUUCUUCUCCUCCUCCUCUUCCUCCUCCUCCUCCU